AUGGCGCGCCUGAAUGAGGCCCCAGCAGCGGGAGCGGAAACGAUUGAUGCUUUAAAACGCCGCUUCAUCCGUCAAAACCGCGACCUCGCCAAAACAAACUCCAGCCAAAGCAUCCGGAUCCGCUCCCUCGAAGCCGAGAUCUCGCGGCUGCUCUCGCAGAAUCUCUCUCUGCGCGAAGAGGUCAUAGACCUGCAAUCGCAACUCUCCUCCCAACAACCCCACGCCGCCGAUGCCACAGCACUCGCCACCAUCCGCGACGCCCUUUCCGCCAAGAUCCACGAGCUCACCGGCCUAGUCACAGAGCUCGGAAGUCUGCAAGACCCCUCCCGCCCACCGCGCCCCGGAGCGACGGCAAAGCGCAAACCCCCCUCCGAGCGCGCAUGGCGGAACGGCUUCCUGAUUGCACGGGACGCUGCCGACGAGGCGUUGUUACCGUCCAUCACCGAGGGUGCGUUGUUUCCGGCCCCGGAAGCUGACCGGCGCAAGACACUGGAAAGCUCGGAGGAGCUGAAGGAGUUGGUUGAGGCGCAGGCGAGCGAGAGCCCGGAACUGGGGCCACCGCCUGUGGCGCAUUUUGAAGAUGAGGGGGAGGGAGAUCCAAUCAAGUUUGAUGCUGGGGCUGUGGUGUGUGAGGGGGAAGAGGAGGAGGUGCCGAACGAGCUGUCGGUGAACUUGGAGACGAGACGGAGGAGGAAGGAUGGAGUGGUUGGGAGGGAGAAGAUGGGGGCCAAGAGGAUGGCUGUAUUUCAGUCUCCGCCGGAUGACGGCGAUGUGGUGAGGGGUGAGACGGGUGCGGGACAAACACUCAGGACGGGCGCGAAGAGGAAGUUGAGCGCAAGAGAAGAGGAGGAGAGGGUGCCGAAGGAAGUGGUGGCGGAAGAUUUCAGAUUCAGUCGGAAGCCAAAUGGAACAGGGACGGAAGUGCAAAAUCUAGAGGAGGGCGUCAAGACGCUCGCCCUGUCGCCGCGGAAAGUCUUAGGAGAGAGACCCAUAAACACCGAUCCAUCCACCUCACCCCGCAAACCUUCCAAAGCCUCCACCUUCGACGCCUCCAGCGCAGAUCCGAUCAAGAGACUCCCUCUCCCAAGCAAAGACACCCACCGCCCGCGCCCCCACGCCCGCAAGCCCAAGCCCGCCUCAACAACCCUCACCAUCCCACCACCCACCGCGGACUCGCCACCACUGCUCGAAACCAUCGAACUCGCCUCCGAGCCCCUCCCAACCGCAGACCUCCCGCCCAAAACACCUGCAGGCUUCGACCUCUUCUCCCCCCUCUCGACCGCGCCCUCGACCGCACGCCCAGAGGCCAAAGACACGCCUCCACCAGGCGAUCUGAACCAGCCAGGCGGGACCGACGGCCAGCCAGCAGCCCGACCAGGACGACGCGUGCGUGCGGCCGUCAACUACGCGGAGCCGAGUCUCGUGGCCAAGAUGCGGCGGCCGGGGAAGGAGCUUGUGGACGCGAUCCCCAUUGUCCGGGAGGAGAAGCGGUCUGCGUCGAUGGACUUGACGAGGGAGGGGUCGGUGGGGGGGAGUGCGCUGCCGACACCGGUGCCUGCGUCUGGGCCAGGGAUGGGCGAGGAGAGGAAGAUGCGGACGGUGGUUAUCAAGCGCGAAAGGGUUGAGGGGGAGGACGAGGCGUGGAAGGGGUUGGCUGAGCGGGUGCAACAGGAGCCGAGGAGUCCGCUUGGUGGGAAGAGCGGGAAGAUGGGCGAAGAGGCGGAGGUCAAGGACGAGGAGGAAGUGGUGCUGGGGAAGGCGUCGGUAUCCGCGGCCGCGGUGUCGGCGCUGCUUUCUGAUGCCGCUGGAAGGAAGCGAAGGCCUUUAAAAGAGACGUCAGAGCCAAUCCCGAGGGAGGAUACAAAAUCUGGCCGUCCUAGUCUGGGUGUCUACGAGGUACCAGAAUCGUCACCGCCAGACGCGGCAGCAAAAGCUAGGCGGGACGGCGUGGAAGAGAUAGUCAAGGCCAGAGCAGCAAGGCGCCAUUCGUCAAUGUCCUCCAUGAACCCAUCGAUUACGGCCGGGACCAAUCCAGCUCCGAGGGGAACAGGUGGCGAAAGCGCGAGGACUAAAGCCAUAAGAGAGCUGAAGCACAGGAGUAACCCGGCCUUGUCAGCAGUAGCGGCGACUGAGGCUGCUGUCGGGAGGAGUGAGAGGGCGGCUGCGCGGCGAAGGAGUAUGAUGCUGUAA